AUGAAAGCAGCAGGUCGAAACAUCCGAACGGCAUACAGAGAACAAUGCCAAAAGAAUCCGAAUUCACUUAUAGUUUCACUUCCAUCAGGUCAACUCUCUUGCAAACAAAUAUUUUUUGUCAAAUGGGAACCAGAUCCAAAUGAAGAAUUUCUUCGACAAUCUCUUGUCGAUUUUAUUUGGACUGUUAUUCAAAAUAUUAUUUCUUACAAGUUUACCUCCGUGGCAUUCCCAGCUAUUGGAUGUGGAGAACAUGGAUGUCCUGUGGAUCUCGUAGUCAAGACGAUGGUGAAAGAAAUCAAAAAUCAAUUGAAAAUGAGAAAUAUCCCAUUAACAGUAAGAUUUGUCAUUCAACCUGAACGGCAAAAUCUCUAUGAGGAAUUUUCUAAUCAACUUUGGUCUGUACAAGAGGACGCGGAAACAUUAAUCAACUAUAAAUUACCUUCAACCUGGGUGCAAUCAACUGAGAAUAAAUUACGUUUUGUAGUGCCUUAUAAUACUCAUGAAUACAACUCAAUUGUUAAUAAUUUUGAUCAGACAAUGGAAGAAAACUAUACUUCAAUUAUCCGAAUCGAACGAAUUCAAAAUGAACGAUGGUUUCUACAGUACCUAGCACAUAGUCAAGAAUUCGACAAAAGACUAAAUAAGGCUACUGAAAGACGUUUAUAUCAUGGCUGUCCUCAAUCCGCAGUGAAUUCAAUUAUUAAAGAUUGUUUUAAUCGAAGUUUUGCUGGAGCACAUGAACGAAAAUCAACACGACCAAAUGAUCGAGUUAAAACACUUGAAUUAUUAUUUAAACAAACACAAAGAUUUAACAUGAUUACGAUUGAAAAUGAAUCAUAUCCAAAAUAUCAACCCUUGGAUGAUUUAGGUGGUGAACGAGGAAUUGGAUCAGGAUUUUGUCAAGCAAUUGUUUUUGGUGAACAUGGUCCAACAUUGAAUAUUAAUAAUAUAUAUCGUUGUUUUUAUCAAAAUUACAAUUUAAUUGAAUUUCUCUCUUUUUAUUUAAAUUAUGAUAUUCGAAAAUAUGGUAUUCCACCAAAAGAUCAUCCAUUAUUGGUUCAAAAUAUUUUGAAGUUUCUUUGGUUUGUAAUAAGUUUAUCAAAUAAAAUUUGUCAAUAUCGUUUAAAAUCAUUUGGUUGUCCAGCAAGUGAACAUAAAUAUACAAUAAAUGAAAGUAAACAAAUAACAGCUGUUGAUUAUUUUCGUGAUAAAUUGAAUAUAUGUUUAUGUAAUCCACAUUUGCCUGUUGUUGAAGUAUAUAAUUCAAAUGAUGAAAAUCAAUCAUAUUUUUUACCAAUAGAAUUAGUUAAUGUUGAUAAAGGACAAACAAAUUUACAAUCACUCACACCUGCACAACAUGCUAAAAUAGAAAAAAAGACUGUUGUUAGUCCUGAAGAACGUUAUAAAAUGACUCGACAUAUUGUUAAUGAACGUGGAUUUAAUCAAGAUCUAUAUCUGAAAGAAUUUGAUAUUACUGUUAAUGCUGAUGAAAUGAUAAUGUUACCAGCUCGAAUCUUACCACGACCAAAAAUUAAAUAUAAAUCAUCACAUGGUGAUCUAGAUGGUAAUGUUAUUGAACGUGUACAAAUUGGUAAAUGGUGUUUAAAUAAUUGUUUUGUUAAAACAUAUGAAAUACGUACAUGGGCUGUUGUUUUUGUUAGUCCACAUGAACCAAAUGAUCACCAAAUUGGUUUAGUAAGAAAAAUUGCUCAAAAACUUCCAGAGGCAAUGUUAGAAUAUGGUAUUCGAUUUAAUCCAUCAUCGAUUGAAAAAACUACUGCAGCUGAAGAGGAAAAAAUUUUAGUUCAUAUGAUAGAACUUCGAAAGCGAAAAUGUGAAAUUAUCUUUUAUAUUCUACAUCAAGCUGGUUAUUGCAUUUAUUAUAUGAUUAAAUGUUUCGAAUAUUGGAAAAAACUUGGUAUAGUAAUUCGAUGUAUAGAUUUCAAACACCUUGAAUCAAAUAAUACUUCUUCCAAAAUGAAUCAAUAUGUUCGAAAUUUGUUUGGCAUUUUCAAUACUACAGCUGAUGGUGUUAAUCAAUUUGUAUCAUCAAUACAGUCAUUAACAUCACCAUUAGUUCAACGUGAUAUAUUUAUGUUUUUUGGUAUUGUUUGUACUAAUAUAA